ACAAACUUUUGUUUUUAUUAUCAACAUUUAUGAACUUGUUGACUGAAACUGAUUCCUUAAAAUUCUAUAUUAACAAAAUUCGAGUAGUUUUACAAAAUGGCUCAACGGGCACGAAGAUCAAACGCUGGAAAUCGUAUGGCUAAACUCCUUGACGAGGAGGAAGAGGAUGAUUUUUACAAAACAACAUACGGAGGGUUUAAUGAUGUUGAAGAGGAUGUAGAAUAUCAACAAGAAAAGGAAGUUGAUGAUGAAGUUGAUUCAGAUUUCGAUAUUGAUGAGAAUGAUGAACCAGUGUCUGAUCAGGAAGUUGAAGAAAAAGCUAAAAGAAAAGUUGGCACUAAAGCUUAUAAGGACCCCAAUAAGAAGAAAUUAAAUGAAAAAUCAAAAAAGCCAGUCAUCAAAAAACCCAAAGAUGAUAAAUCUAUAGAAGACAAAGUUGAAAAACAAAACAAAAGUGCUGUGGACAAAAUUGUUGAUACCUCAAUAGAACGGAAAUCUAUAAGACAAAGUACAGCUAUGAAAUCUGCCGAGACAAUACAAAGGAUAAAAAUCAGGUCAGAGCUGAAAAAGAAGAAACCGAAGAAAGUAGAAGAGAAGAUGCCGACCCAGGAAGAGUUGUUGGAAGAAGCAGUCGAGACAGAGAAAGAGAACUUAAAGAGUUUAGAACGUUUUGAACAAAUCGAACUAGAACGCAAGAAGAUUAGACCAACUAAAAAGACUAUAACUGGACCCGUAAUAAAGUACCAUUCAUUUGCUGUGCCCGUGCGUCUCAAACGUGACGAAGUAGAUAACAGUGCGCCACCACUGGAUAUAAGCGUAACUGAUAACAUAAAAAAUGAAGACGGUGUAUUAACACAAGCUGACUUGGAUGCUCCUGAUGAGAAAAUCGAUACAGAUCGAGUUGAGACAAAGGAAGAGCAGACCGAAGACCUUCAAACUAAAAUGGAGAUAGACGUGAUCGGACCUGAUGAUGAAAUUAAAAUUGAAAGCGUUAAUAUUAAAGAACAAAAACCAAAUAAGCUGAGGCACAAAAACGUGAAAUAUUACGAGAGGACUUUGCUUAGUUUCGAGAAUGAUAUCAACGAUGUAGCUUACAACGCCUGCUUCUUGAAGGCUCAGCCAAAGAGACGAAGGCACAUGCUCUGUGCCGUCACCAAGAGACCAGCACGCUACAUCGAUCCGGUCACGAAGCUGCCCUACAGAAGCGUCGAUGCCUUUCGAAUCAUCCGCGAGGCUUACUACCAGCAGCUAGAAGCGAGAGGAGAUAGAUCGGAUCCGCAAGUGGCCGCCUGGUUACAGCAUAGGAGAGCUGAUGCCUCGUCUUCCUACGUACAAAUACACAUCAAGUAAUAUUGGACUUUAACACAUUGGUAGUAGAGUCGAAAAUUAUUUAGCUGGCCAUGUUCUUUGUUUUUACUUGUUGCUCCUUUUUUUUCUAACAAUGACGUGGAUUUCGAUGGUUCAAUAAAAAAGAUAAAAUGCUGUGAGGAUACGAUUUCUUAAUUUUUAGGACAUCUUAAAUAAAAUUUAUCUAUGGCACUAUGAUUAACGUCAAUGCCAAAAAUGCAUUGCUUACUUAUAAUUUAGGUCACAACCGGAAAUACACUAUAAAUUCACGCUAAUUUAGAUUACAAUGCUUCAUUAAUUUUAAUAUUUUUAAAGUUGUUGGUAUGAUUAUGUCCUGAAAUGUUGUUUUCCGAAUACAGCACAUGUGCGCUAUGAAAUAAAAACUAAAUUACCUUAUCUGGUAAGUUUGAGAAUGUUUUAUAUGAUCAGUAUUAAAAAUUGCUUAGAACAAAUUUUGUAUCGAAUAUCUUCUUCGUCUAUACGUCAUUGAUAUGAAACUAAAUUGGGGACAUUUAAAAAGUUUAUGAUGUAGGCAAUGUUAACGUUCUAGUAAGUAUGUUAUAAGAUUAAUUAUAAAUUACGAAUUGUACAUUAUAAUAUUGAUAAGUAAUAAAUCCAU